AUGGGGGCACACACAGCGCUACUACCCAGUGCACCCACCUCCACACAGCGGCCCCAGUACGGUCAGGCCACAGCAGAGUCCGGCGCAUUCAACUACGACGACAAGUACUACGAGCAGGAAGACUACGACCUCGAAGACGAACUCGCUCAGCUCGAGGAGGAACUAGACGAGAGCGACUCGGACAACGAAGAAGAAGGCGCUACUUUUGUCCAGAUGAGCGAGACUUGGCCCUCCAAGGUGCCGAACAGGCUUGGCGAGGAGCCUGACGAUGUUCGUCUCUCCUCCGUCGGCCUCCAACUAUCCCUCCCAUAUGAAGUCGAGACCAUUGCCGAAAUGGACGACAAGCUCGACUACAUCUGCUGCAAGCUCGUCGAAUGCGUCAAGGCUCGCGAAUUCGAUCAAGGCUUCCGAGUCUGGGACUCGGCUCUGUCCAUCUGGCAGACCAUGGGCUACGCCAUGAAGCGCGACGUCAAGAUCAAGCUCAUCUUUCUCUACUACGAGAUCAUCUUUCUCCCCGGCCUCUCGUCGGGUAUCAUAGAGAAUGCCGCCAACAUGUUCACCACACUUGCGAGCGACCACUCCCUCACCAUCUACGACUUUCGUAUCCCCUGGCGACCCUUGUACGACGCUCUCUACCUCGAGCUCUUCCCACACCCCAGCAAGCUCGCGCGACAUUCAGUCAACCUCGCCCCGACGCUGCUGAACGUCGCCGAAGACGCCCAGCGCUUCUUCCACCCCGCCGACGUCGACGAGAUGCUCGAAGCCAUCAUUCCCAACAUUCAGGGGAGCAUGGACUCUAUCCUCGCUACGCAGACUUUCCUUGUGCAUUUCUUGCCGAUUGGGAAUUGUCACAAGUGGUUGCCGGUGAUGUUUAGGCUUUGGAAGGGCUUCAACUCGGGGCUGUGGGAUGACCAGGCGUCGGAUCUGGUCGGUCAGUUGGCACUCGCGCAUGUCGACCCCUCCCGCUCCGACCCCUCUCUCUUUGCGCGUAUCCCCCACAACCUCCAAAACACACCUCAACAAGAAGCCGACAAUCCCUCCGAGCGCAAACGUCAACGACACCACAAGAUGCGUCAGCUGGAGGUGGACGGGAAGGUGGAAGAAGAUGCGGAUGGGCUCAACUUUUGGGUAUCGCCGAGUCUUGUUGGCGAGGAGGAGAAGCUGGGAGAUGCCUCGUGGAAGGGUAUCAGGAAGGAUGUGGGAAUUUUCACGGAUGAGGAGUUUGAGUUUAUCAUGUCCAAGUGUCUGAGGUCUUUGAACGUUCCCGUGGGCGGUAACGCUGCUUCUCAAAACGCCAUGUCCGUCACUGUCGCCGACACCCGCGUCUCCAAAAAGGUCGUUGAAGCCAAGAAGCCUAUCGACAGAGUCCAAUCCCUCGCUGAGACGAUCGUCUAUUCCAUGUCGGAAGACUCUCUUCCGGCAAUCUCCACGGCGAGCGGAGUUGCGACGCCUGUCAAGCCGGCGAAGGGGAAGGGGAAGGAGAACCUUGGUGGUAUUGGAGGCAAGAAGGAGAGGAGAUAUUUGGGAGGGUCGAAGGCGUUGGAUCAUUUGUCGAGGCUGUUGACUAGCUGUGAAACUUUCUUCCACCCGAGCAACUCUGGCCACUGGUCCAAUUUCCUCUGCACCUUCCUCUCCCACCUCGCCUCCAACUUUGUCGAACGCUACAAGGACGAAGAAGAGCCCGAAUGCCGCACCCCGACCGACUGGCGUCUGACGCCCGAUAUCAAGCGCGAGUUUGUGCUCUGCCUCCGCCCUCUGGCAUUGACGGCGAUCUUCAACAAGGAUAUGAAGGUGGUGUCGGCCGCGGUUUCGGCGUUGAAGCAGCUCUCGCUCUUGGAGCCGGAUUUGAUCAUGCCGGCGGUUAUGGAGAGAGCUGUACCGUCCUUGCAAGGACUGGAGGAGACGCAGAGGACGCCGGCGGUUAUCUACACGCUCGCUGCUCUGGCCGAGCCCCUUAUCGCGAGGAGGAUCUGGCGGAGUGGAGGAAUGUACGCGGCGGAUAUCUUUGCCCUUCUCCUCCCCGGUAUCGACCUCAACGACCCUACGAAAUCUGCCCUCGUUUCAAUGUGUAUCUCCAACGCCGUCGACUUUAUCUUUUUGGCCGAUAUCGCCGAUGGAGAUUCUAUCGCCGAGCCUACCGCUGCUGAGGAGAAUGCGCGUGCGGUCAGGAGGGUGGAAAGGGCGAAGGUCGAGGACGACCCGAAUGACCCGGUGCUGCUGGAAGAGGAAGACUUGAGUCGGGAAGAGGUGGACUCGAGAGUCAGGUUCGCCACGGCAGCGUUCAGAGAUUGGGUGCCCGAGUUUUUGGGACGGGUGCUUCUGCUGUUUGGAAACCUGCCGGAGGAAGGCGGCAAGAGUGGAAGGGCUGGAGGCAAGACGGAGCAGGUCACGCUUCAGAGUGUGUUGCAUACCUGCGGCACAGUCUUUGCUUCGCUCGACAAUAAGCUCUUUGACAUUGCUCUCGACCAGAUCUUUGAAUACGCCACUACGACAUGUCGGUCUAAUGCUGUCGAAGCUGUCGGCGAGCUCGUACGCAACCUUGCAAGCCACAAUGCGCCAAAGGUCUUUGACAAGUUCUUCCCCGUCGCAAAGCAUAGGAUCAUUAGCGAGCUGAAGAGUGGGGCGUCGAGCACGAGGACGACUACGACGAGUAUUCCUUUACCGUCCGAUGCGACGCUGCAUUGGUGGCAGGCUAUCUUGAUCGGGUGCUUGAUCCCUGGCCGUACAAGGGUGAGUUUUAACGAUAAUAAUUCCUUCCUUGAACUACUUCGUAUCAUGAUCGACUCUUGCCUAUCCGAACGCGGCUACGCCUGGACCGGCAAGAUCAUCGAAAAGACCGUCUCCUCUCUUACAUCCGUCUACUACACCGAGAUGAAGAUGCUCAACGUCGACACCUUUGAAUCUGCCGACUUUAAGGCGAACCAUCACCUAUACUGGGGCAAGCUUUACCGCCCCAGCGAGGUCAAGCCGCAAUGGAAGAUGCCGAGCAAGGAGGAUGUGGAUAUGGCGUUUGAAGUGCUGGCUCUUGCGGAUGAGGCGGCGGGGAGAAUUGGAAAGCUGGUCCAGCAAGAACGCGGGGAGAUGGGGGAUAAGGAGUGGAGUAACGAGUUCUGUCGAGCGAUCAAUGUGGUGGAUAAGGUCUUGAGGGGGAGCUAUAACCUCAUCGAGGAGAUUGAAGAUAGGAAGGUGGGGGGAAAGCAAGCGCCUUCCUUCUUGCCCCAGAACCUCUAUGCCGAGCUUCCAAAAUACAGGUCCGGCCUUGUCCUCACCGACCCUAGUGACCCUCGCUACCUCCACGUCGAAGGUUUCCGCCACCGAAUCGCCGAAACCCUCCACCAGGCUGCCAACAGUAUGCGUACGGCGGGCCAGUCGGAAAACUCUGUUGAAUCUGUCCGUUUCCUUGUGACGACGAUCAGCACCUACCUGACAUGCUACGGCGUGAGGUCGAAGCAGUUUGCCAACUCGCAGGGUGCGCUGUCGGCGAUGACGCAGACAAAGAAGCUCUUGUCGGGUCAGCGGAAGCACCACCGCUCCAUCUAUCUCGCAAACGGCACAGUCUAUCAUCAGACUAGGCUCACGACUUUGGCGUACUACCGAAAACGAUCUGCUCUUGACGACAAACUCAUCGUCAAUAUGCUCGACUUUUGUCUUUCGCCCUUUGUUCGAGUCAGGAGGUCAGCGCAAAGCGCUUUGGACACUGUCGCGAAGCUCUACAGGGGCGUAUGGGUGCUUUGCUUCCCCACUCUUUUUGACGCUCUCAAGCCUGGCACCGACCCCGACAUCAUGAAGGGUGCGCUCUAUGUCUUGCGGUACAACCAUAUCGGUAUCAACCGUAUCGGCAAAGACUGGCGCCAACUUCUCGAGCUCACCGAGCACCUGCUCAACGCCCACCACGAGACCAAGGCGUCCGUUCAAGCGCUUGUGGCGAAGGCGACAGAUGAGCUCGUUGGGAGGAUCAAGGAACCGUUGUCGUUCAACAUGGACGUUCGUCUCGAGGCGGUGAAGAAGGCGGCAGACGAGUUGGCCGGUGUACUUUCGCACACGCCGAGCCAGGAGCUUAUUGGCGAUCUUGAGAGAGGGACCGCCGAGCGUUUGACUCACCAGGACGAGCAGUGGGAUAUCUUUGUUGACAGAGUCCUCGCCAAGGCUCAGACGCCGGGUCUCAACUGGCGAUAUGUCUUGUCGGCGGCAAGGUUUUUAUUGGCGGUUAUGAGGAGGGAUAGGCCGUUGGACUUAAGAUUGACGGCCUUCUUCAUGGACAAUGUGCAGAACCCUCUGCCAAGAGUUCGAGAUUAUGGUAUCGUUGGCGUGACUCGAGCGCUCUUCCAGAUGACGCUCCGCUCCCUUUGCAAGGGCUCCGAAGAACUGCUGUUCUUGCAAGAGCCUAUCGACGACUUUACCAAGGAAAUCCCCCUGACUGACACGUCCCCCGAGUUUACCGAGAAAUAUCUCCAGUCUUUCAGAGAGCCAGUCACCGACGAGAGCGAGACUUGGUUGCACGACCGUGUCGAGUCGGGAUGGCUGGCGUGGGGUAAGAAGCUCGAGGUCACGAGGUUUUCGGGCUGGGACGAGCCGUUGUUCCCGAUUGAGGAAGCGAGUUUACCGGCGAGAGACCUUAUCGAAAAGGCUAUAGCGCAGGAGGGUUGGUGGCAGAGUCUCGCCGACCUCUGGGCCCAAGAAGCCGAGCGAAAUUACCCCUCCGCCACGCAUAUCGACCUCGUACUCGCCCUCUCCCAAAUCUAUGGCAUUCAGAUCUUUCACUAUGUCAGGCCGAUUGUCGAAGGCUACUUGGCCGAAAUGGAGGAGAGGAAGGUUUACGACAGACACAAGAUGAGGGCGAUGUGGGAGUUUUUGGCGGGAGUGAUCAGAGGCGGGAUCGAGUGGCCUGGGAAGGAUAGGAAAAUCCUGUGGGAUUGGUUUACCCCGAAGCUGCCAGAGUUGUAUGGGAAUAUCAGGCAUGAUACUACAAAAUGCUGGGAUACCUCGAUCGAGUAUAUUCUGUGCGAGCACGACCCUCGGCGGUUCUUGCCCAUCAUCGACUUUUGCAUGAAUACUGCCCUGAAUGCCGACUUUCAGGGUGCUGCUGCUUUCCAACUCACCCGAAGCGUCCAGCUCGUUCGCUCCGCCUUGCGAUGUCUCCAAUGGCGAUUCAACGCUUGGGCGGAUGACGUUCUCGCAGUCUACUUUAAGGAGGUGGGGUGCGGAUACGCCGAGGUCCGAAGUUUACUUGGCUCUGUGUUCAACGCAGCCGACCAGUUCAAGUUCCACCCGUCCUACCCCAACGCUGCCGCAUUCGUCACCGCCAUCCUCGAGGACCCCAAGGACGAAAAGGACAUUAUGCACAUCCAAAGUGCGCGUUAUCAGUCAGAGUUGAUGGGGAUCUUUGAUUCGCUGCCGGGGUUGAAGGAAAGUAGAGAGCAUGGGCCCAAGGCGGUGUUGUCGGAGCAUGACAAGAUUGCUAUGACUGCGCUUCUGUGGAUGAUUGUCGAGUUAUCAGACGUUCGCGCUGUAUCAGCCUUUCCCUAUAUCAUCCCCAUCCUCCCGCAGAUAUUCGAGCUCCGGGAGAUGAACGACAACCUCGACCUUCAACGGACAUGCGGCCGUCUGUUGGCCAUGAUCACUUCGAUCACCCCCGCGCUUACGCUUAUCGAACCUCUCACCGCCAAACUGGUGCAGAUCCUUCAGGAUUCUACUUCUUGGAGGACGCGGAUGAAUGUGAUGCCUGUUCUGAGCUUGGUGUACUUUCGGAAUCUGGCGUUGCUGUCGGAGGGGUGCAAGGUGCAAUGUCUGGAUGCUGUCGCGGCGUGCUUGAGAGAUGCGAAUCAGGAGGUUCGGGAGAUGGCUUCGGCCACGUUGAGCGGAUUCCUUCGAUGCUCGCAGAGGGCAAUGGUAGAGAUCCUCAAAGACAAAUUCACGCGAGAGAUCCAAUCGAUCACCCUCCCCCGCCGGCGCGCCCCCGGUCAAAUCAACCCGGGGCAAGUCAACCCGGAGUAUCAAGAAAAGAUGGUUCAUCUGCAUGGGGCGGUGCUGGGGGCUACGGCGCUUGUGGAUGCUUUCCCGUAUACCGUGCCCAAGUUUAUGCCGAAAUUGAUUGCCGACGUACUUGCGCCGAGAGUCUCUGACCCUGCGCCUAUAUCGACGGCUAUCCGGGCGUGUGUUGCUUCUUUUAAACGCACACACGAAAAGUAUCAAGACAAGUUUUCGGAGGAUGAGCUGUCGUCGAUGAACUAUGCGCAGGCGGGUAAUUCUUAUUGUGAGUAA